AUGGCGUCGGUAUCGCCGCCAAAACCUUGGGAGAGAGCAGGCGCAGUUGGAAACGCACUAUCAACUGCUCCGACUGCUGGUACUCCAGCGGCUUCAACCGCCAUGACCACGACUUCACCCGCUAACCCCGCAACCUCAUCUGCUCCCGCCCUCCCGUCUCGCCCUGACACUCUCAACACCGUCGUCAACAACACCGCCUCUAACUACUCGCCCUACGGCGCCUCUCGUUUUGGAUCUUCGUACGGUGGCUACGGCGGCAUGGGAGGCAUGGGAGGCAUGGGAGGCAUGAGCUCCUACUCGUCACCGUACUCCCGCUUCGGCUCGAUGGGGUCGAUGUACGGCGGUUAUGGCGGUAUGGGGGGUAUGGGGGGUAUGGGGGGCAUGUAUGGAGGAGGCAUGGGAGGGAUGUACGGUGGCAUGCCUGGGCAGGAUCCCAAUGACCCGAACAGCCUGACCAACUCGUUCAGCCAGAGCACCCAGACGACGUUCCAGAUGAUCGAGAGUAUCGUCGGUGCGUUUGGCGGGUUCGCCCAGAUGCUCGAGAGCACAUAUAUGGCGACUCACAGUUCAUUCUUCGCAAUGGUCUCGGUCGCAGAGCAAUUCGGCAACCUGCGCAACACCCUCGGCUCAGCGCUGGGCAUCUUCACCAUCAUUCGAUGGUUCCGCACCCUCAUCGCCAAACUCACCGGCCGCCCACCCCCAGCCGACGCAGCCUCUCUAACCCCCGCCUCAUUCGCAGCCUUCAUGGGCGGCCGCUCCGCAACCACUCUCCCCGACGGCUCUCCAGCCCCAGCCAAACCCUCCAAGAAACCUUUCUUCAUGUUCCUCGUCGCGGUCUUCGGUCUCCCCUACCUAAUGGGCAAACUCAUCAAAGCCCUCGCCCGCUCUCAGGAGGAAGAAGCCAAGCGCCGUGCCCUCGCCGGCCCUGGCGAACAAAACGCCGCAAUGGACCCCUCCAAACUCGACUUCUGUCGCGUCAUCUACGACUACUCUCCCGAGACCCAGGAGAGCAACGGCAUCGACCUCGCCGUGAAACAGGGCGAUAUCGUCGCCGUCCUAUCCAAAUCAGACCCCACAGGCAAUGCCUCAGAGUGGUGGCGCUGUCGCGCCCGCGACGGCCGCGUCGGAUACCUACCAGGCCCGUACCUGGAGACUAUUCAGCGCCGACCCCAACAAGCCAUUACCGGUGGAAGCGAGCCCGCGACUCGCACAAGCACAAUGAAGGGCGACCCGGACCGCACUCAGAGCCUAUCGGCCAUCUCCAAGUCCGCUGAUAAGCCGCCUGAGCUUAAGGGCAAGAUGGGUGAUAUCUCGCCUGAGAGUUUCCAGAAGAGUACUUUCUAUUCUUGA